AUGUCGCCAGCCGGGGUCGCCGGACGAGGAGCCGACGGCGGGGCGCAGGAUGGCGUGCGUCAGGUCGCGCACCUCUGCGACUCGUUCGAGGGCGCCGAUGUCGGCCCGAGACAGGAGGUCGUCGAGCUGGCGAAGCGGGCCGGCGUACGUGCGCACGACGCCCGCGACGGUGGCCCGGAAGUCCGGCCCGGCCGGCGUCCGCCACCCCUCGGCGGCCUUCCGCGCGAGCAUCUGCUGCACCCGGACCCGGAUGAUCCGGGCAUCGUCGGCGCUGAUCCCGGCUAA